GGAUUCGUCAAAAAGGUCUUUGAGAAUCCAAAAACGUCUAAAUGGUUUAGCUCUCGAUUUCUCCCUUGGAUUCCCUUCCUUCCUCCCCCCCCCCCUCCGGCUUCAAGUCGCCGGAUCUUCUCGAUUUCCGAUUCAACUUCUACUUCUCUUCCUUCCUUUUGUAUAACAUACACGACGACGCUUCAUAUUUUUUUUUGUUGUUUGUGAUUCCGUUGUUUGAAUUCAGGAAGAGGCAUGUAAAAUUCAGGAUUUCCGGCGAUUUGGUUGGGGCGUUUGGAGAAAUUUCGAGUUAAUAAAAUAGUAUUGGUAGCAAGCUUUUUCUUUUAAUUUGUUCUGUAGAUUUUUUGUGGAUUAAUGGUUGAAGGUGAGAAAUGGAGCUUGGAUGGGUUUGAAGGGAUUUUGUGUUUCCGUCGAGGAGAUGAGAUUGUUGGAGAUUGCAGCAAGUCAUCUCAUUCGUAUUCACGGGUUUGCUUGAUUAUUAUCACAUAGGGACUUUUGGAGCAACUCUUGAGUUUUGGUUGUUUAGUCUUGACCAAAAAGUUUUAGGCUUUUUUAGCAUUUCAAGCGUCUGUUAUUAUUAUUAAUAAGUGGGUGGGUUUGUCGAGAGAGCUUAGAGAUGGAUGAAGAGGCUACUUCUUGGAUUAGGAGGACUAAGUUUUCUCAAACUGUUUCUUAUCGUCUGAAUUCCUCAAAGUUAGCUUCUCUCCCUUUUAUGGUUAACCAAGAUAAGUCUUCUUCUGGACUGAAAACUAGACCACCCCAGAGAUCUUCAUCAUCGGCUUCAUCCUCAUCCUCAUCAUCAUUGGAUCCCAAGUUGGUUUCCAGUAAUUCACAGACUACUACGGAAGAUACCACCAGUUUGGAGGCUGAUGUUUAUGUUGUUGAUUCUGAAAUACAGAGAAACCCUGUUACUAACAAGCAGAGAUCUGUUUCUCCUUCGCCUCAGAUGGCUCUUCCUGAUGUGUUUAAGGAAGCUAGGUCUGAGCGUAAGAGAUUUUCUACUCCACAUCCAAGGAGAAUGGAAUCUGAGAAGGGGAUGAAGCCUAAGCUAUCUCAUAAGAACUCCUUUGAAAAGAGAUCGUUUAACUUGCGGUCUCCUUCAGGUCCUAUCAGAGAUCUUGGCACUCUGAGAAUUCAAGAGAGGGUGAAGAGCAAGAAGGACACAGGAUGGUCUAAGCUUUUCGAUAAUACUGGCCGUAGAGUAAGUGCUGUUGAAGCUUCUGAAGAGUUCCGCGUUGAUAUGUCAAAGCUGUUCUUUGGGCUUAAGUUUGCUCAUGGGUUAUAUAGCCGGCUAUACCAUGGUAAAUAUGAAGAUAAAGCUGUUGCCGUGAAGCUUAUAACUGUGCCUGAUGAUGACGAUAAUGGAUGCUUGGGAGCUCGUUUAGAGAAACAGUUUACCAAGGAAGUCACCCUUUUGUCGCGAAUGUCCCAUCCAAAUGUUAUAAAGUUUGUUGGAGCAUAUAAAGAUCCGCCUGUAUAUUGUGUCCUCACGCAGUAUUUACCUGAAGGAUCGUUAAGAUCUUUUCUGCACAAGCCUGAGAAUAGGACUCUUCCUUUGAAACGGCUGAUAGAGUUUGCUUUAGAUAUUGCAAGAGGAAUGGAAUAUAUUCACUCACGACAUGUAAUUCAUCGAGAUCUUAAGCCAGAAAAUGUAUUGAUCGAUGAAGAUUUCCAGUUGAAGAUCGCUGACUUUGGCAUAGCAUGCGAGGAGGAGUACUGUGACAUGUUGGCUGAUGACCCAGGAACAUAUAGGUGGAUGGCACCUGAAAUGAUAAAGCGGAAACCACAUGGACGCAAGGCUGAUGUUUACAGUUUUGGACUUGUUUUAUGGGAAAUGGUAGCUGGAGCAAUCCCGUAUGAGGACAUGAAUCCUAUUCAAGCUGCUUUUGCAGUCGUACACAAGAACAUUAGGCCAGCUAUCCCGGCAGAUUGUCCAGCAGCCAUGAAAGCUCUGAUAGAGCAGUGUUGGUCGGUUGCACCGGAUAAGAGACCCGAGUUCUGGCAGAUAGUGAAAGUGCUUGAACAGUUUGCAAUUUCACUGGAACGAGAAGGUAACCUGAAUCUGUCUUCAAACAAGAUCUGUAAGGACCCAAGGAAAGGUCUGAAACAUUGGAUCCAGAAGCUUGGACCAGUCCACGGAGGAGGAGGAGGCGGUGGCAGCAGCAGCAGCGGCAGCGGCCUUGGUGGGUCAGCCUUGCCCAAGCCUAAAUUCGCUUGAGAGACGUGAAGAGUCUCUUUUUGUAAAUUUAUAUAUAAUACAAAAGAAGGGUUUUGUGUUUUUGUUGUAUCCUUUUUUGUGGGUUGUUGUUGUUAGUGAUCUUUCAUCGUCAAUGUCAUCUUCUCUGGAUUCGUUGUGUAAUGACUAGCCAACUGGGGAAUGGUUGUGAUUUGAUGUUUAUGGAAUUUAAUCUCUCUUCUACU